GUAAUUUUUGGUCAGUCAUUCGAAAUUGUUUACUUCCUUCAUCAUAUUUUAUCAUUCUCACCUCAGUGACAUUGCUUGUUCUUUACGGCCUCUCGUCAUUUUACUUAUGCUGUUUUUCAGAUUCACGGACAUAUAAUUUUACACUCUCUCCCAUCAUACUAUUUACCUUCUGAUUGUGCAGAAGCCUCCAAAUAUUCGCAUUUCAUAGAAGACUCGUUUCCUAGGUGAUCAUUGUGAUACAUUUGGACUGGGUAACGCACAAUGGUGGAAUCGUUAGCUCAAGCUGGGUUAUAUAUUGAUGAUUUUUACAAACUGCGAAUAGUUGAGCCAACAGUUUCACAAGAAACAAACGAACUCAGAGAAGAAUGUGAAAAAUACAUUUCAGAAAUGACUGACUUUAAGGUGAUUAUUGGGGAACUUCUCAACCUAAUCAGUUAUAUAUCCGAAAAAGUUGAAUCGCAAAAAUUAAAAGUUUGUUUUAAUAAAGAGCAAGAACAUAUUUAUUCAGGCAAUCGGUUCAAGAAACCUGCUUAUAUCUAUGGAGAAACAAAGAAAAUUACAGCAAAAGUACUUAGAAUCACAGAUAUUGACCAAAAAGAAAGAUAUCGAUAGAUUGGAUGUUCAGUUACAGUCAUUACAAAAAGAGGAAGCUGAACAGACAGAGUUUAUUGAACAUUUUCUUAUGGGUCGUUAAAAUCUGUUUUCAUUUUUUUGGUUUUUAUUAGAUUUGUAUAAUUCCUUUUGAAAAAAUAUUGUAUGUGUGAAAAUAUAUAAUAAUUUAUUGCGAAUGAU